AUGCUGUUUAUAGCGCCCUGGGUUGAUCCCGCCAAGUCGCGCGUUACAGCGAUGCAGAUGGCACAGUAUGUGCCCACCAGGGCGUUCGCCGUCUGGCACCACGUCCCGCGCUUCUUCGUGACCCAGGCUAGCCCCGUGCUGGCGUCAAGCGGCGCUCUAGUCCGCCGGAUGUCAUCACGGAGUAGCAGCCAAGCGGCGGAGGACCGCUCGUUUCUCGAUGCCAAUUGGCGGCGCGUCGAACGCGACUACGGCGUGCCACACGCUGAGCAGGCGGAGCUCGCUCGCCUCGCUCUCCGCUUCAUGUUCGAAGAGAACACCGUCGGCGCCAAUAGCGAGGCCUUGCAGUGCCUUCGCAAGGGCGACGGUAGCAGCUGGGGGGUCUGCUCGGACUAUGCUCGCUGUGUGCAGACGCUGGCGGCCCGCGAACGGUCCAUGGGUGGCCGAGUCAGUGUCCGUACGUACUUUGCUGCCAAGGACGCCAUGGUGGGCAGCCGGGGGCAAAAGUACUUUGAGGAGUGCUGGCAGGCACCAGGAGUGGAGGCCAUUGACUAUGUCUCCACGACGGUCGACGGGACGGAUCACGAUACCCUGGUGCAGGCGGUGGGGGUAUGGGAGGAGAUAUUCUCUUCGAUACAGUAG